UUUUUUUUCUUCAUCUUUCAGUAGAAGUUGUUCUUAUGGCUGUGGAGUUUCAUGGCGUUUUCCGUGAAGUUGUGACUUAACCUCAGUUCUUUUGUAAUGGUGCGGGGGGGACUACAAACACUUAGAUUUCUUGCAGUUUUUAUCUCGAGGUGUCAGUACUGAAAAAUCAAAAGAACCAGCCCGAACUAAUCGUUUCUCUUGGGCGGUUAUAGUUAGUUAGCGAGUUAGCUUGUUGAUUAGCAUAAGAGGUGCUUUUCUAGGUCUUUCUAAGUUUUGCCAUUGAAUAACACAAUGGCAGAUUCACAUGGCAACGACAGGACGGACGACAGCGAACUGAAAGGUGCAACAGGCGGUGAAGAUGUUGUUGACGAUAGAAUCAUAGAAGAAGGUGCUGUAGUACUGAGAGGAUAUGUAAUAGAAAGGAUCAACACCGAGGACCCGGCCAUGCACGUCAGCCCCGUGGACCUCGGUGGAACGGCUAACGAAGGAGACGAUCCUCAUGUCAAAGAAGUUGUAGAUCAGCUUCUUAAGAUCGCAGAUGAGCUAAACCGGAAUGCAGAGCUUCAGCACCUCCUCAACACUGUGCAAGCCAACUGUGCUCAGGAGGUGUUCAUGACCGUGGCCAAGAGCAUCUUUUCAGAUGGCAUUAACUGGGGGCGAAUAGUAGCUCUCUUUCAUCUGGCUUAUCAGCUUAUUUACAGGGCACUGACUCAAAACCACUUAGAAAUCAUCAAGAACAUCAUUAGCUGGGUAUUGCAGUUUAUCAGGGAACACAUUUCCGCCUGGAUCAGACAGCAAGGAGGAUGGGAGGGUGUUAUCCGCAGUGUGUCAAGAUGGCGCACCGUGUCCAUCAUCGCAGCAGUGGCGUUCAUAGCGGCUGCCGUUUACUGGAGAAGAACUCGCUGACCUCCUCACUCCGAAAGCCCAGCAUCAUCAAAAAGAGCCAGAGUCACUAAUUUGCACAUGUGGGGAAAUUACCCGAAGCAAUAACUGCUGAUGUUUAACAAACACAUCAACCAAAUGUUCAUGUCGAUUGGCACGGAUUAGAUCCGAUAGUAAAAUGCAGUGAGGAAUAAGAGCUCCACUUCCGUAGACACUGUAGCCCUUGUCUUCUCAAUGUUGUGAGUUUAUUAUACUGUAAUCCAACAAGGCACAACUAUUUAUUAACAACACUGUGUCUUUUGACAAACCACUACAUUUGUCCUCUACAGUCCAUUUGUCCUCCACAGCUCUUAGCAUUUUCAUAGGUGCCAAUAUCUUCCAGCCCUACCUCCAACUGGUGGAAUAUCAGACAGCAGUUUAUCAAAUGAUUUUUAACGGGUUUUUAUAGAUGACCAUGAACUACUUACUUUAAAAAAAAAAAAAAAUCUUGGUGUCAGAUUUUAAACUCUUUAGAAUGUUUUGUUUUCUAACUUUUCUCCUGUCUUGUAAGAAUAUUAUGAAUCUGUUUACACUUAUUUUUACAACUAAGCAGAGCAGCAGAUGGUGAAGGUCAAAUGUCCUUUUCCAGCUCAGACCAUUAGAAGCAACGGUUCUGCUUAUGUGAUAAGCAAUAGGAAAGACCAAAAGCAUUAAAUUAAUCACUGCUUUUUACUGUAAAUUUGUUUAAAAAAAAAAAAGGUUUUUUAUUCGAUCACUUACUGGAAUUUUAAAUCAUGGUUGUAUCUAUCAGCUAAAGCUAUUGUAAGCAUGUGUAUCUUUUAUGUGACAUGCUUUGUUGACAGCUAAGGAGAAGAAAAUUAUUAUGAGGGAAAUAUUCAAAUAAGUAAAUCAGUAAAUUCUGUAAUAAUAAGGUGAAGGUCACCAAUGACAGAUAUAUAGAAAAUAUCUUUGUGUACAAAAGUGUUUUUCUGUCAUGAGUUCAGGGAAAUUGUACUUCUUUGUUUACAUUAAAAUAAAUGUGAUGAAGUGUC